UUUGUACAGCAAGUACUGAGAAGUGAAUCCGUUGUGCUUCGACGUCUGAGAGUGUCAUGAAUGAACCAGGAUCACCCACAUUUUCGAUCGGUACGUCAUCUGCAUACCCAUCAGCCUCUGAAAGCCAAACUUACAAGGCGAAGCCCAGAGAUCCAGCCACAGAAGGAUCAAAAGCCAGUGUGAAAACGGAGGAUGAACUUAGUGAACUGGAAGUGAGGAAUUACCUGCCGUUAGAAUCUCUGUUGCCAACUCCGGAGAUAUGGGAUCGGAUGAAAGCGCAUCAGAAAGCGAAACGCAUCCGAUUUCUUGUUAUGAUAAGUCUGUUGUACAUUAUACUGUGGAUUGCACAUGCCCCAGUAGCAAUGUGGAAGGCAUGGUCGAUAGCGCGGGCUGCAGAACUGCGGAGACUGCUGGAUGAAAGGCCGGGCUUAGGUCAGCCGUUGCCAUCCAGCUGCAUUGUGACCAGCUGUGCAGCAUUGUGUCCGGAACCCACCAAUGUGCGUGACUGGUACUCAAUGAAUGGUGUUCCUUAUGCCACAUUGCCACGACAAAAAUCCUACUUCGCCUCAGCGAACUAUCCGUUCACGUUCAUAGAAUGCUAUCUGGCCUACUGGCAUGGAGUUGCACAAGAGAAACGCACUUUUGUGAACGGACAAAUUCGGUUUACUGGCAAGGAGAGAUACGAUGACGAAUCCGAAUGUGCACAGAUGAAACCAAAGAAUGGGAAGAUGGUGCCGGUCGGAAAGCCGCAGUCUUGUCUUUCUCUCAGCUUCAAAUUUCCGUGGGUUCAAAAUAUACAACAGCGAGCAUUUCCGGUUCGUGGACUGCCUGUUGUGGCCUACAUUGGCGGAAGCUAUCUGAUGGAGCACCGACCAAGAAUGAUUUCCUCCUAUCUCGCUUCAGAGUUGCAAGUAUUCUAUGUAUCGAUUAAUUAUAGACUAGGUGUUUUCGGGUUCUCAGAUUUUGGGAUCGAAGGAUCCGGACCAAAUCACGGAGUGGAAGACGUGCGCCAGGCACUAGCCUGGAUUCAGGAACACGCACACUUGUUCAACGCAGAUCCAGAGAGAGUUUUGUUGUACGGAGAGGAUAGCGGAGCCACUAUCGUAGCUGCGCUACUUUCAUCUAGUAGACAACAAACAGUGUUCAUCAAUGGCAUACCGAAACGCCUAUUCACACAUGCAUGGAUUUCGGACGGUUCCGUUGUCAUACCCGAUGUGCCUGCGUCAAAAGAUGCCUUCCGCGAAAUGGUACUGAACGAUCCGGAAUUGGAGAAGAUUUGUCAAGAAUGGAUAGCUGCAUAUGGACAAACGGCGAAGCCUGCGCGCAGUCAUCCGUUGGCCCAAAAGUACCAUUGUUUGUCAAACGUGAGCAUUACCAAGUGGCUUGAGAAAACGCCAGUCACCUGGCUCCAUUCUCGUAAAGUUGAUCAGACUCUGUUACCAAGGGCGGAUGAGGUUCGAUCCUCAAUGAUCAAACGCGAGCCGAUCCGAACCCUCGUCGAGAAUCCUUUAGGAAUGUUACAUCCGAAAGGUGAGAUGCAGACCAGCGGCGUAGCUGAUAUUCCAUUGGUCAUAUUCUCAAGCAUGAAUCCAGCGUACAAUAUGAGCAACGCAAUUGACAGUCCGGAUUAUUGGAGUCUCAGUGAAACGGAAAAGCAGGUGAAAAACACCUUGAAUACAUUUCAAAAACCGACGUCACAAUUACCGUACGCAGAUGGUAUUUGGAAUGCUUACCAAAUGUACCUGAACAAUCUGAUCGCAUGGAGAAAAGAAGACCAGGCUCCCAACGAGAUCAAUUAUCGAGCUCUGUACGACACAAUUCGAACUGACCUAAGGGGGACUUGUGCUUACAACCUAUAUGCAAAACACAUGCAGUUAGGCGGGCAUAUACAAUUCGGACCGAUCUAUCGAAUUCUAAGCAGAAUCAGAAAUCAACCAUACGUGGAUGAAGAUGGUGCUCGUUGUGAUAUUCCUUUCUUCUUGAUCGAUAAGCAUUUUCAGUGCGGCGAGGAGACACAACCAGUCUACGAGGCCCUGGAUUCGGACCAGAAGGAAGUGUUGAUCAGAGCAUUCUUGCAAUUCGCCUACUACGGACAGAUACUGGGGGCUAUAAAAAUGCAGCUCUCAACAUACGCCGGUGCUCCAGCUCUGGAGACCACGUACAAUGUCCUGAGCGAGCUGGGACUGACUACAGCAGGUAGUCGGGAGGUUGGUAUGCUGAGUGCCUGCAAAAUUUGGGUAUCUGAAGAAGGCGAAUUCGGGCAUGUGAUGAAAUACGCGAGAAUGAACUAGGAGGGACAGCGCCUAUGCAGUGGAGUUUUCCGCCACAACAGGUUCGAGCUUGCUACCUUUGUUUUAUACUUAAGACCUCGAAUCCAUUGGGCGCUGCUAAUGUUUUGC